AUGGAGACUGUGAAUAUGAAAUUGCAGAUGAGAAUUCUCGAGACACAUUUAGAGACGAAAGAUCGCUUGAUUCGCAACCUCGAGGAGAUCAUCGACGAGCAAGAAACAAGGAUAUCGAAUAUGGAAGAGUUCAUUCAAGGACGUCGUGAUUCCUAUGUUGGCCAGUCGACGAUUCUCAAGGGGAUCUCAGUUUUAUCGUGGGAUUUCGGGCAAUUAUCGGAUGAAAAUCUGAAGCUCAAACAGGCGCUCGCUGUGGCACAAAGACAAAUUCGAAUGGGAACUUUGGUGGAAACGGACGAGGACUACGAGAGUGAUCUCACGAGUGAGGAUCGAUUUAGAGUCAGUCCAACUCCUCAAAAAUCGUACGAAGAAAAAGCGAAACAGCUCGUCGAUGGGCACAAUUUAAAAAAACUGAAACGGAUGGCAGAAGAGCUGAAAAAUGAGAAAGAUGAACUCAAACGGCUCGCUUUUGACACAAAAGAGGCGUUCUCGGUUUGUAUGGCUGAGGUAAAACUAAUGCUCGAGUCGAAAACGAUGGACUUUUUCCAAGUGUUGAUCGCUCGUUACAAGGCUGAGAUGGAAAAGCGGCGGCAGUUGCAUAAUCAACUCGUCGAAUUGAACGGCAACAUCCGCGUCUUUUACCGUAUUCGCCCGCAACUCGGCGACUGCAAAGAGACGCCAGCGCUUUCCAUUGAUUCAAUGGAUCAUGGGAUAGUCCAUUUGACGACAAACAUCGGCAAGAAGAGCAGCCAUUCGGUGGAUCGAAUCAUUCCCACACAUUUCACCCAACAACAGAUCUUCGACGAGAUUUCCCCGAUCAUCACCAGUUGCAUCGAUGGGUACAAUGUGUGCAUUUUUGCAUACGGACACACGGGAAGUGGGAAAACUUAUACAAUGGAGGGACCUUCAACAGAUCCUGGCAUAAAUCAACGUGCUCUUCAACAACUCUUCGAAACGGUUACAGAUCGAGAUGGGGACAUUGAUUACACGAUAAAUGUCUCAAUGAUCGAGAUCUAUAACGAGAAAUUGAAAGAUCUUCUCACUCCGUCAACCUCAACUUUAUGCAUUCGGCAGGGUGAAGAUGGUCGCACAUCGAUUCCCGGACUGACCGAACAAAAUGUCGACAGUCUCAAUGCUGUCACUGAAACGCUGAAUCGAGGGAAAAAGAAUAAAGCCAUUGCAGCCACUGAUGCGAAUAAGGAAUCGUCGAGGAGUCAUGUGAUAGUAAGGGUUACGGUAAUUGCUACAAAUCGCAUUACCAAUCGAGCUACUGUAGGUCGUUUAAAUUUGGUGGAUUUGGCCGGAUCAGAGCGUGUCUCUCAAACGAAUGCAACGGGUCAAUUGCUGAACGAGGCGAAAGCGAUCAACAAAUCCCUGUCCGAGCUUGGCAACGUCGUUCUGGCGUUACGCCAAAACAACAAGCAUGUGCCAUUCCGGAAUUGUCAAUUGACACGAUUUUUGGAGGAUAGCUUGAAUGGUGAGAGUAAAACCCUUGUCAUGGUCCACCUAUCACCCGACACUUCAGCGCUCACCGAAACGAUUUCCUCGAUGAAUUUUGCUGAAAAAAUCGGACAAGUGCAGACAAAGACAGCCGCCUUGCAACGAGGCACGCCGCAAAGGAGAAGCUCGCUAGUGCAAAAACCCAAAAGCGAUUCGAAUUCGGUUGGUUCACCGAAGAAA